UGAUUACUACAGUACGAGACCGCAAGUCACCGACUCUCUGUAUAUCUGUCUUCUGGGGAAACAAUCACAUCAGCAACCAGUUUUCAGAAAGGGAUAAAAUGUUGUUACACAUCUCUCUUUGAAAGUGAACAAGCGAUUUGUUGACAUUUCGCUGCAAGACACUUUCGUAAACAUUUCUUCAAGCAGUCAGUCGCUCGGAUUUGUACAAAUGGCAAAGCGAAGUACUUUAUUUAUCAGAAUUGUUGAAGCGAAGAAUUUACCUGUUAAAGACAUCACCGGGAGCAGUGACCCAUACUGCAUUGUAAGGAUUGACAAUGAGGCCAUCAUCAGGACAGCAACGAUUUGGAAGACACUGUCACCGUUCUGGGGCGAGGAAUACAACGUUCACCUUCCCCCAUCUUUUCACACCGUUUGCUUCCACGUUCUGGACGAGGAUUCUCUGAGUCGAGAUGAUGUCAUCGGAAAGGUGUCCAUUUCCAAGGAGGCUCUGACCGCCAAACCGCAAGGUAUAGAUGGGUGGGUGAACCUGACGGAAAUCGACCCAGAUGAGGAAGUGCAAGGGGAGAUCCACCUCCAGAUCUCGGUGCAAGGGGACGGAGACGUCCCCAGAGCUCUGCGAUGCCGCGUCUUCGAGGCCAGAGACCUGGCCAAAAAGGACCGCAAUGGAGCAUCGGACCCCUUUGUUAGAGUACGCUACAACGGCAAAACUCACGAGACUGCGGUUGUAAAGAAGUCCUGCUAUCCUCGCUGGAAUGAAAGCUUUGAGUUUGAACUGGACGAGCUGCCCAAUGACACCCCUCUAACCGUGGAGGUUUGGGACUGGGACCUGGUCAGUAAAAAUGACUUCCUGGGAAAGGUUUUAUUCAACAUCAACAGACUGCAGUCGGAACGACCGGAAGAGGGCUGGUUCCGCCUGGGCCCAGAGAAACCCAAACACAGCCAGUAUGAGAGCACCCUGGGAUCCCUGCGGCUGCAGCUCAGACUCCGAGAUGAGACCGUUUUGCCUUCCAGCCACUACCAGCCUCUUGUGGAGCUGCUGUGCCAGUCGGUGGGCACCUGUUUCAACGGUAACUGGCCAGACCUAAUGAUGCUAAUUGAUGAGACCACUACAGCUGAAAGCCGACAGGAAGUGGCUACAAACCUCGUCAAGCUCUUCCUGGGCCAGGGGCUGGUGAAGGAGUUCCUGGAUGUUUUGUUCAAGCUGGAGCUGGAUAAGACCAGUGAGCCCAACACCCUCUUCCGUAGCAACUCCCUGGCAUCCAAAUCCAUGGAGUCCUUCUUAAAGGUGGCAGGCAUGCAGUAUCUUCACCGGCUUCUCGCCCCCACCAUUAACCGUAUUUUCGAGGAGAAGAAGUACGUCGAGCUGGACCCCAACAAGGUGGAGCUGAAGGAGGCGGGGUGUGCCGGGCUCCACCGAACGCAGACGGAGACCGACGUGAUCCAGCAGAGUGCCAUGCACCUCCAGUCCUACCUCACUGACCUGGUGCACGCCAUCAUCCAGUCUGCCUCUUACUGCCCCGUAGCCCUGUGCCAGGCCUUCUGCCAGCUCUACCAGCGCGUCCAAGAGCGAUUCCCUGGCAAAGAGUAUCGGAAGGUGAAGUUCAUUGCUGUAACCAGCUUCCUGUGUCUACGGUUCAUCUCUCCGGCCAUCAUGUCUCCCAAGCUGUUCCACCUGAGAGAAAAGCAUGCUGAUGCCCGCACCAGCCGUACCCUCCUUCUGCUGGCUAAGGCCAUCCAAACCAUCGGCAAUCUGGACACCCUGGCCUGCUGCUCCAAGGAGCCUUGGAUGGUGCCUCUGCAGCCUGUUAUCCUGCAGGGCAUCACCCAUCUGAAGGACUUCAUCACCCGGCUGGUCAGUUAUGAGGAUGAGGGAGACCUGGGUCUACAGACACGGAUGAGUCUCCAGUGUGGCACUAUGGAGAAGGAAGGCUUCCUUUUGCUCCACAGGACCAAGGACAAGUGCAUGCUGAUGACCUCACCCUUUAAGAAGUAUUAUGUCACCCUCGGCAAAGGCACCCUGUCCUACGCUCGCACCCAACACUCCAAGAAGAGCUCCUUCAUUUCGCUGCCGAAGAUCCGGGCGGUGGAGAAGGUGGAGGAGAAGAGCUUCGGAAGCUCCAAUGUCAUGCAGAUCAUCUCCAGCGAGGACAGCGGGCAGAUGGAAACCCUCUAUUUGGAUUGCAAGAGUGUGAAUGAGCUAAACCAGUGGCUUUCAGCAUUAAGGAAAGCCUGCAGUCGCAACACAAAAACCAUGAACUCCUAUCACCCGGGGGUUUACAAGGGAGACAAAUGGAGUUGCUGCCACCAAAAGGACAAAACCGACACAGGAUGUGAUAAAACAAGACACGGAGUCACCCUGCAGGAAUGGUAUGACCCCCUGGACCCUGAUUUGGAAUCCCAACUCAUUUAUCGACAUCUUUUGGGAGUCAGAAUAGCAAUGAGGGACAAGUACUUAGAGAUGACCAAAGCUGAUGGAGGCAAUGGAAAAGUUUCAGUGGCAGGUCAGGAGAAGUUAGAUGGGGUUGCCAGGUUCUUCAAAGUCCUGUUGGACCUGCAGGACACCCAUAGUGCUGUGGAGGUGGCAGAGCGAUCAAAGAAUAAAAACUUCCUCCUGGAGCUCCAGACGUAAAAGACUGAGGGGCACGUGUUCUCAAACUACUGCCAGCCUGACCCCAAAUCACACAGGCACACACUCACACACACGCCUUCAAUGCCUCCACAAAGCCCUGCCCAUCUUCUGAUGCUCAGUACUCACGGUUCACUGCAGCUGUGACACUUUGGGACCAGGCAGGCCGGCUAGCGUCUACAGCCUCCACAUUCGUUCUGUUUUACUGUUCUGUUUUGGCUCUGUGCGUAUUCUCAGUUACCACUGUGUGGGAGGUGAAGAUGUUCCUGUCCAGUUUUUGCCCGUAGGCAUCCCUUUAAUGAUAGCAACACAGCCCCAAUGUCUCCAUGAUGAUAUAUUGUGUGUAAUUUUAUAAACUUUUGAUUCAUGUGGGACCAAAAUGAUCAAUUCUUACCAUGUUUACAUGAACUGAUUUUUCUAUUGUGCAGUUCCCAGUUACACAAUGAUCUUUCUGGUAUUCUGGAAAGGAUAUAUGUGAGAUAUGUCAUUUUUGCUUUUUUGGGGGAGAAAUUACCUCUUGAUCUGCACAGAAAUUGUCAGUUUUGCAUACACAGCAGUAUUUACACUUGUAA